AUGCACAACUUCCGCAGCGCGGGCAUCGCCUACGAGGAUCACGGCAUUGGCCUAGCCUCGAUCAACAGCUAUGGCAUGAGGCCCGAGAACUUUGACGACGACGACUGGGUCGAGAGCGUUUAUCUAACCGAGCUGCAUCGCAGCGUCUGUGCCGCCCUGGGCGCCAAGGACAUGAUCAUCUUCGACUGGAUGCUGCGGAAACGCGCCCCUUCGUUUCCCGUGAGGAAGCCGGGCGAGGAGAACGAGGAGUCGCACCAGCCCUCGCUGUCGGCAUACAUUGACUACACCACAGCCGAGCUGGCGUCUAGGCUCGACCCAACCACGGUCGACCGGAAGAAGGAUCUCAUCGCCGUGGAUGAGGUCUUCCCGACCGUCGCCAACGAGGUGUACCAGGUCCGGUGGAACCCCAACCACAGGUGGAACUACAUCCCCGACCAGCUGGAGUCCGAGGUCGCCAUAUUCAACACGUUCGACUCGGAGAAGGAGCAGAGCCUGGCGGUGCCGCACUGCUCGUUUGAUCUAGGCGAUGCGGAGGGAUCCGCCGUGCCGAGGCAGAGCAUCAAGGUGAGGGCGUUUAUUUUCUCCUAG